GGCACAGUGGAAGACUGGAAAAUGCAUCGUGAUGGCUUACAACAGAUAAUCAACGCCCGAGAUGGCGUUAAGACAUUACACGAUAACUGGCAGUUGGAGCUUGUGGUUUACCUUGUCUCAUUAAUGUCUCAGCCAUCAUGGCUCGAGUCCACGAACAAGCUUGAACAUAUCUCUCACCCUGUUUUAUCAUCAACCGUCGUGCAACUGGCACCCUCUCUCAACGUUCAAAGGCUCCGCUGCCUUUGGCUAAUAUCGUUCAUCCAAGACAUGAAAACCUUUAUGGGAUCGUUCAAGAUACAUCCGUGGAAUACACAAUUGAGAUUUGCGAAGCUAUGAAAUUAGCCUGGGAACCCGGAACCCACCACUGAGAACAAAAUCAUCUUCAAUCUUCCAUCAACUGUCGAAGCAACAAUGCCAAACGUGUUCACUGACCAGAUCGAGGUCUUCUGCCGCGGUAUCUCCGAGCGAGAAAAGGUCUGCGUAUCAAUUCAUCCCCACAAUGACCGAGGAUGCGGCGUGGCAGCAGCCGAGAUGGCUCAGUUGGCUGGUGCAGACCGAGUUGAAGGAUGUCUAUUCGGGAAUGGCGAACGCACUGGAAAUGUCGAUCUCGUCACGUUGGCCCUCAACUUAUAUACUCAUGGUAUUUCACCCAGAGUUAACCUGAGCAAUUUGAAUGAGGUUGUCGCUAUGGCAGAGGAGUGCACAAAGAUCGCCGUCCAUCCUAGAGCUCCCUAUGCAGGGAAAUAUGUAUUUUGCACCUUUACCGAUACGCACCAGGAUGCCAUACGAAAGGGUUAUAACAAACUCAAAGAAAGUGAGAGACUUGGAGCUACACGGGCGUCCAAGUGGAAAAUGCCAUAUCUCCCCAUGGAUCCAGUUGAUCUGGGAAGGCAACGCGAAGCUAUUGUGAGGAUGAACUCUCAAAGUGGUAAAGGCGGUGGUGCCUGGCUUCUCAAAGAGAGUUUUGAUAUUGAUAUGCCGCGAGAUCUGGAAAUUGAAUUCACGCAGGUCGUGAAAGCACAUGCGAAUACCAGUGGCUUUGAGGUUACCCGAGAGACUAUAUGUCGCUUGUUCCGGAAACACUAUAUGCAUGUUGAAUCUGAACGAUUCCGGCUGCUGAAUUGCAGAGCCAAUCAGGCCAAAGGAAAUCGGGAUGCUACACUCGUUCAACUGAAGACUUCAGUACAGGGCUCAGACCAUGAACUUGAAGCAACUGGAGGUGACCUAUUACCUACCAUACUUAAUGCCCUUAGGUCAGUCGGUUACGACUACGAGGUACCGGACAAUCAACUGCAAUAUAUAGCCAGCCAGGAUACGAUGAGGUCUUUGGUCAGACUGGGUACAGCUGAAAACAUCGCUUCAUGGGGCGUAGGCAUGCAUAAGAACACAGAUUGGGCUGUCUCACAGGCGGUAAAUCAAGCAGAUGUAAGGGACUGACCACCAUGUUAACAAUUUAUAGAUAUUGGUGGCAGGCCAAAAUAUAAUGGCAAGCCAACUCAACGAUUAUCUGUCCAAUUAGACGCCGUCUAUGAUGCGUGUUAUGGAGACCGAUUGGGGCACCGGUCUGCGGUUGAGCAACUAAAUUGGUGAUGCACUUGCUCGUAUGUACUCUGUUUAUGCUAGUGUCUGGUUAAGCAGAUGAGUACUACUGCGGAUAGUAAUGUGUCAGUCGGUAGUGGAACAUAUGUUGAUUUAUUGACUACUACUAAGCAAUGGGUUCUGGCGGGGAGGCACAGAAAAGUAGUAUAUUAGGUUACUUGUUAAAUGAGGACUAAUAGUGCGAUAAUGCAAAAUAUGAUAUUGAUGAUGCAAA